UAGAAUUUUAUUUUUCAGGUGUCAUUCUAAAGUUGGGAUGAUGGGAGGACGACAACAACUCAGUCUGGGUACUGGUUGCUUAAAUAAAGGUAUACUCUUUCACGAGCUAUGUCACGCUCUCGGAUUUUAUCACGAACACAAUCGACCCGACAGAGACGAGUAUAUUGAAAUCAUCGAAAGUAAUCUUCUGCCAAAUGCCAAAAGCCAGUUUAAGAAAUAUAAAGCAGAUGGGAUAAGACUGUUGACAAAUUACAGUUAUGACACAGUAAUGCAUUAUGGUUCCACAUCUUUUUCUAAAGAUAGGUCAUCAUUCACAAUGAAACCCAAGAAAGGUCAAAGUGUUUUGAAAGAAGUUCAUGAAAAAUCAUCUUUGACUGAAAAUGAUGUUAAAUACAUCAAAAUUCUAUACAAAUGCGAAUAAAAGUUUAUUUUGAAUCUUAACUGCUUAUGACGACGACAGUGGCAUCUCAAUAAUACGAUCCUUUAUGUAAUUAUACCAAUUAAGCAUAAUAAAUAUAUAUUUAGAGCAUUAAAA